UCUUUGAGCUUCGUGAGUCGCAUCUCGUCGUGCCAUUUGGAUCUCUGAUCGCAAACUUCACUCGAUCUGGGCGCGCCGUUACUUGCUCGAUCGAUCGUGAGGGUUUUGCCGUGGAGAUCGGGGCUUCUCGUUGGUUCUUUCCCUGGAUCUUGGGAUGGUGGUGUUCGUUUUGGAUGGGUCGUUUGUCGGUAUUUGAUGACAUGCGAUCGCGGCCGGUCGUCUCCGUCUCGGAUCUGAGGGAGGUCGAUUUUGAUUCUGGAUUUCUUGGGCCGAGGAGGAGGAUUCUCUUCUGAGCGAAGGGUCUGGGAAGACCACCAUGUUUUGGAGGGAAAGGGAGCGGGACGGUGAUCAGAACGGCGGUCCUCCUUGUGGCCAGGUCCGCGUUCUCGUUGUCGGCGACGCAGGUGUUGGAAAGACAUCCCUAGUACACCUAAUCUUGAAGGGUUCUUCUAUUGCUCGACCUUCGCAAACAGUUGGCUGUACAGUGGGUGUGAAGCAUAUUUCUUAUGGAAGUGCUAGCAGUUCUUCUAAUAGCAUAAAAGGUGAUGCACAAAGAGACUUCUUUGUUGAGCUUUGGGAUGUCUCGGGGCAUGAACGUUACAAGGAUUGUCGAUCACUUUUUUAUACACAAAUUAAUGGUGUUAUAUUUGUUCAUGAUCUCACACAAAGGAGGACCAAGUCCAACUUGCAGAGGUGGGCUUCUGAGAUUGCAACAACUGGUACAUUCUCAACUCCUCUGGGAUCUGGUGGUCCGGGAGGUCUUCCUGUGCCUUAUCUUGUUAUCGGAAACAAAACUGAUAUUGCUGCCAAAGAGGGCACGAGGGUAAGCAGUGGAAAUCUAGUUGAUGUUGCUCGUCAAUGGGUUGAGAAGCAAGGUCUUCUUCCUUCUAGUGAAGAACUUCCGUCGACAGAUAGCUUUCCUAGAAGUUCAGGCCUCUUGGCAGCUGCCAAAGAAGCCAGAUAUGAUAAGGAAUCUGUGAUUAAGUUUUUUCGAGUGUUGAUCAGGAGAAGAUAUUUCUCUGAUGAACUACCAAGUUCUAGUCCAUGGUCCAUGAGCCCGUUGCCAAAUUCCACUCAUCGUACAGGCGAGAGUUCAAGUGAUGAAGAUCAAUUUCACAGAAGAGUGAGUUUAAGCGGUGAAGGUUACAAGUAUAAUGUGGUUCCACCACUUCCCGCUCAGCUGAACCUGACACCACCUCCUACGUUGUACCCCCAGCUGCCCAUGUCGGCUUCUGAGAACUACAGCUUCCACAGAUUCUCACCAUCUGGGUCGCCUGAAAUUGGCAGCACAAAACCAAAUAGAGCUGAUAUCAACGUCUGAUUCCAACUUAAAGUUUGCUCUUCAUCCUCUACAGGAAAAGAAGGGAAUGUGGGUAUGCUACAUUGGUGUUAAUAAUGGCCCCAACAGAGGUUGAAGGCAAAAGAGAGAGAUGGAAAAGGGUUAAUGAAUGCUCAUCGACAACGUGCUGGUUCGAUUCACAUCUCAAACCUUCACAUUGUUUCUUGUUUCAGUUGAUGAUCAUCAUCAUCGAGCGCUUUGCCGAUUUGCUCAUCGCAUGAGAGUUGCUCG